AUGUCAGCAGACAACAUGCUCGCUGAGAGGGCAGCGAUAACAGCCAGUUACACCGGGCCUUCGGUGACUAUUGCACCGUACGCGACCAGCUUCAGCGGGCCUAUGGCUACCAUUGCACCGUACGCAUCGCUGCUCAAUGGAGUGGAUCAAACCACGAACGAUAGGUACAAGAGAAUCUCCUGGUUUAGCAUCGGCAUGGUGGGCGUGAUCAUCGUCACUAUCAGAAUUAUUCAGAGGUUCCACGCCUACAUUCGACUCGUCUCGACCAUGGGAAGAGCCGUUCAGGCAUACUGGUCUACGCACACGACACCGGCGUUCUGGAAAUUCAAGAAGUAUGUGCUAUACGCGCCACUGUGGAACAAGCGUCACAACCGAGAGUUCAGAUUGUCCUCGGCAAUGAAUAUGGGCACACUACCGUCCAGGUUCCACACGAUCUUAAUCGUCCUCUAUAUUGCCAGCAACGUCUUUUACGCCUUCGAUAUCACCUGGGAAGACCCGAACAAAUACAGACGGGCUGCCGAGAUGAGAGGAAGAACCGGUAUCAUCGCGGUGACGAACAUGAUCCCGUUGGUCAUCUUUGCCGCUCGCAACAACCCUCUGAUUUCCUGGUUACAGAUCAGUUUUGAUACUUACAACUUGAUGCACCGAUGGCUGGGAAGGAUCGUUGUUGCCGCGAGCCUUAUCCAUACCACCUGCUGGGUAUACGUCAAACACGCCGCAACAGGAUGGUCUGGAAUCUUCGAUCAAAUUUCAGUAGACCCCUUCGCUGGGUGGGGAGCGGUCGGCACUGUUUGCAUGAUCGUGAUCUUCACCACUGCAUUUUCGCCAGUUCGGCACGCAUUCUACGAGACCUUUCUGGACAUCCACAUCGUCCUAGCCGCAGUCUGCAUGGUCGCUACUUGGAUCCACUGCAAAUUGGCCAAGAUUCCGGCGGUGCAUUAUGUCACGGCUCUUGCUACCCUCUGGGUAUGCGAACGUAUCUACCGAUUCGUCAUCAUCAUAUCGGUCAACCGCAAACAGGGAUGGACUCACGCCACCGUUGAGGCUCUGCCAGGAGAGGCUUGCAGAGUCACAAUGCACCUCCCCAAAAAGGUCCGUAUCAAUCCAGGAAGCCACGCCUACCUUAGAUUCGCCGCGAUCAAUCCUUUGGAAUGCCAUCCUUUCUCUGUCGCCUGGACUGAGCACAACCCCAACAAUCUCUCGCUUCCGGUCACGGAGAAGAAGGACGAUGAAGUCAAGCUUCGCGAUUGUGACAUGGCUACAGAUGUCUCCUUCGUCAUUGGCGCCCAGAGCGGAUUCACGAGAAAGCUCUUCAACAAAGCCAGCGAAUCCUCCCCGCGCGUUUUGAAACUCAAGGCGGUCCUGGAGGGACCCUACGGAGGGCACCACUCUCUGGACUCCUACGGCCACUGCGUGCUUUUCGCCGGUGCCACUGGAAUCACCCAUCAGUUGAGCUACGUGAAACACCUGAUUGACGGCUUCCACAACGAGACGAUCGCAACGAGAAAGAUUACCCUGGUCUGGAUCGUGCGCGACUCGGAACAUCUCGAAUGGGUCCGCCCCUGGAUGGACCAGAUUCUCCGUCUUGACGGACGCCGUGACUGUCUCCAAAUCAAGCUAUACGUCACAAGACCGAAAAAUCCUCGCGAGAUCAUCUCCCCCUCAGCGACGGUCCAGAUGUAUCCCGGCCGCCCUAAUAUCAAGCUCAUCAUGGAGGGUGAAGUUAAGGUUCAAUGCGGUGCCAUGGUUGUCACUGUCUGUGGACCCGGUGGUCUGGCCGACAACGUGAGAGAAGCGGUGCGGGAGGUCCAAGAAGACGGCGUGGUGGAUUUCAUCGAGGAGUCCUUCACCUGGUAG